CGCGUUCUCUCCUCUCUUCACUCAAACCCCCCUCCAUCGCCCAUCCAUCUCGACAUAGUUUAUGCCAAACGCCAUGGACUUUGGCAGUCUCUCUAAGUCUCACAUGAAGCGCAAGCAAGCAAUCGUCCUCCCUCCUCGCCGCGCUGGGGAAGCCUUCGCGCUCCUCGCCCGGGUACAAUGCUCCGCCGAGCGCGUACAUGCAGGGGUCAUACUCGCCAUCUCUGACCAGCUCGGACGAAAGCCACGACGCGUCGUACAACUUUAGCGAACGCAGUGCCGGCUCCAUCUACCACGGCGUCGGGCGAAGCGUGAGCGGAUCCAGUUCUAGCAGCAUGUACGGGCGCUCGCAGGCGCCCUCCCAGGUCCCCCGCAAUGUGCGGCGCGUCGAAGACGUGUUUGUCCUCGUUCGCGAGCGCGUGUUUCAGUGGAGCUACCUGAUGCAGUGGUACAACGGCGACCAGCCAUGGCUCAACACCGUUCAUGUAGAGCGCAGCGCACUGGAAGCUGCCCUCGGGACAAAGCAACUCGACACUCUUGCGCGGCAAGAGUAUGCCCUGGGUCUGUCGCUCGCAGCGCUGUUUGACAUUGCUGGCGCACAGGACUUUCUCCGCGCCGCAUAUCAGCUUAUGGGCGAGUGGGAGCAGUGGUCGGAGCAGAGCGCAAACAGUGGCAAGGUUGUUGGUCCAAUUCGCAACUUCUUCCGCCCACGACGCCCCGUUCCCCGUCCCAGCGCGGCGCAGAGCACGUCAACGGCAGAGGUAACGAUCGCAUCAAUUGAUGCCUCAUCAGACGCCUUUUUGGUCCUAGCCGUUAUGCCCUUCACCCCCGACUACUUCCAAGUACAUGCCUCGACCUGCUCAAUCAUCCGCGACGUGUACAAGAAGAUCCUGAAUAUGCUCCUGCCGAACGUGCAGGGCGUGCGCUCAAACGACCCAGCGUACGGCACGCUUCUCCACCCAACAGCCUUCAUCAACAUCCGUGGCAACGACACAGGCAUAAUCAGUGUCGCAACAGACGCCGCCCUUUUCGGCGACAUGCCCAAGAACAGCGCAUUUGUAGGCGAGGGCCAGAAGCUCGUGCAGCCCGUAAUAGACCUGCUCCUCAAGGUCGACAGCCGCCUCAAGAAGCACUACUUGUCCCUUGUGCGCGACGGAGACACUAUCGCGCGCCGCGUCCUUGACGACGAGUUGAGCGCCUUGAAUGCCAGUAUGACAUCGGGCCCGGCGCUCCGUUUCAACCCCCCCGUACACCUUGAGACCGCGGCCUAGGGUCAGCCGCGCCUCGCCCACCGCUUAAUCAACAUGGCCUUUAAUGGCGCGAGGCGCGCACCACCGCCUUCCCAGUCCCAGGCGCGGCCUUAGCCGUCGCGCCAGGCGGAGCUCGGUGCCAGUUAUUCCUGUAUAGUUCUGUGGAUAGACCGCCUAAUAUACGUUACUAGCCUUGUACGGCUCGCUGGUGGAAAUAAUACAGUGCCACAUGCAUGCCUCUAGUAUCCCAGCGUGC